AUGACAAAAGCAGCGGUAACCUCAUUCACGGACCCGCUAAAACGCAUUCGAGGACUGGAAAGUGGCACCGAGAAGUUGCUUCACAACACGACAAUAGCGAUUCUCGUGUUUCUUUUCAUCCUACUCGCCUCAAAACCAAUGUUCGGAAGCCCAAUAGUAUGCCAGGUGCCGAAAGAUUGGCCAAGUUCAUCUGUCGACUAUUUCACUGAUAUCUGCUAUUAUGGGCAACGAGAGAAAGUCGAUAUUCAGCAUAGAAUUAGCCGAGCAGGAGGGAGGGGUACUGUAACAGUUAAUUUGACCACUGGAACUUCCGAAUUUUAUAUGUGGGUCCCACUGGUUCCGAUUCUUCUUGUCGCCCUUUGCCUACUUCCGGCUUUUUUUUGGAAAUUCGUGGGAUUGGAUUGUUUCAAUGGAAUGGAUAUUGUUUCAUUUUUGGAAUUUUACGAACAAACUGAUGAUCCGGGUGAACGACUCGUUGAAAUGGAGGGUUGGAGACGUAGAAAAUUGGCUGCUCAAUUGAAUAAAUGGAUUAUGGCGAAGAGAAAUUUCUUCUGCGGUCUCUCACAAACAAUGAUCAUCUACGUCCUAAUGAAAUGGUUCCGAACUAUUCUUUUCAUUGCUCAAUUCUGGAUUAUUGCCGACGUUUUUGGAGAUGGAAAUUUCUUUUGGGGCUAUGCUGAUUUAGCCCGAAUUGCUAAUGGAGAUUCGAUAAAUCCACUCAAAGGAUCAUUCACGUUAAUUUCAGGAUGUCGAGUUCAACGAUUGGCGAUGUCAAUCGGAUUCUAUCGUAGUUACACAAAUGCUCAUUCAGCUGUUGCUCGAUGUAUGCUCUCAGCGAACUUUCUGAACGCUAAGGCAUUUCUCGUACUUUAUUGGUGGUUUCUGCUUGUCUCGUUCAUUUCACUGUGUUCUGCAAUUCAUUAUACAAUUAUUCUACUCGUUCCACAGUAUCGACGACACGAGUUCAAAUCGAUGAUUCGAACUGAAGAUCAUUUCAUCGAACGAUACGGUGAACCACAUCCAAACCUACAUCUCGGUAAAGAAGCUCCAUUAGAAUAUCUCGUUGAACAUCUCGGAAACGAUGGAUUCUUGGUAGUUGAAAUGGUAUAUGAUAUGCUUCAUCAUUACGAAUGUGAUCGUUUUACUGAACAUAUAUGGAUGCAUAUAAUUGUUCAUAAUGGAGAAGAAGAUUUUGAAGAUGAUGAGAUUGAGAACAAGAAAAUCAAAAUUGUUGAUGAAAUGGAAAUGGACGGAGCCGGAGAUCGUAAUAGUGGUGGAAUAGACAAAAAAGAGACCAACGACUGGUCAUCGUCUGCUGGUACAUCCAAGAAUAAGGAUUCCACUUCUAAAGUUUCUUUAAGCGCAUCGCAGCCAUCAAUGAUGAUGUCCGAAUCUGAUGAGGAACCAAUGAUCAGUCCAGCCGUGUUCACUUCUUUAUCUUCAUAGACUACUGGCCCCACUUAAUCAAUUGUUUAGAUUCAUUAGAUUCGUUAUAGACGCAUUUUCUCGAUUAUUUUACUAUGUUUUACCUUCCGCUGUACUUUUUUCUCUCUUUUGUUCUCAUGUAACUGCCGUUUUUUGCUCUUGUUUUCCGUUUUUUUCACCAAUUUCAAUUGUUCUUUUAAAGUAGCUGUAUUGAAAAAUCGUUUAGAUUUG